AUUUAUAAACAAACACCACCUUCUUCAACUUUUUUCUGGUACAAAGUCUCAGAUAAAACAUAACCUUUCCCACUCUCAUCAUAUUUUAAUGCCACUGAGAUCUUUCCAUGAACCCCAUUUUUGUUUCAUUUCAUGAUAUUCCAGUGCAUUCUGUCCAAAAUUCAAGCAGAGAGCUAGCCCUCAAAGUUAAAGGGUACAAGAUCCCUGCUUCAACUGCUUACGCUUUACAAGCAGCAGAAAAAAGGAAUCCUCUAUUCUAUAAGUUUGGGCAAUAUUCCAGAUCAUGCAGAUAGGCACGCUUAUGUCCAAGGAUUAAUAUCCUUCAAUUCAGGUAGCUUUGCAAAUGCAACUGCAUGGUUUAAAACUUGUUCAAUUUGGCACAUGGCAAUGGUCUUCUUUCUUGAUAAUAGCUAGUAAGUGGUUGAUUUCCCAUAGUUACAUAUGCAUUCUAGUUGAAUGAUUGAUGGAUUUUCAAAUUAUCUUUCAGGAAGAAAAAUAACACAUAGUCAACCAUGCAUGGGAUAUUUUUAUUAUUAUUUUAAGUUGUACAACCGUCUCUUCAUUACUCAUUCCACCAGCAUGCCUAUAACUCAAAUUCAAGAUCUUUUACAUGCUUAAUUAACUUAAAAAAAGAUUAUUACUGAAUUGUUGAGAUAUAUUUACUACUAGGAUUUAAUUAGGACUCACCUUGGUGUAAACAAAAAAGAGUUCAAAAAAUUUCUUUUUAAUUAGAGAUGGAAGGCUAGUUCAUUCCAGUAAACUAAAGUUUAAAAUUCUAAAUUUUUGUUCAUAGUCCAUCUCAUAAAUUCAAAGACCCAAAAUCAAUGAGAGAUUCCUCUUCCUCCACUCUAAAUAACAUGUUCAUCUAUAUAUCUUCAUUUGUCAACUUAUCUCAUAAAACUUAUAUAUAUUCUUAGAGCCCGAAUUUUUUAUAUAUAUUUUUGAAGAAACUAAGAACAAGAUAUGAUAAGAUUGAGGAUAUAUACAAUUAAUGAUAAUACUCAAAUUACUCCAAACAUUGUUUGGUUACACUAGGCAUAUCACCAUAA